AUGGACUUGAGCGCCCUUAUUAGAGCGGUCAUUACAGCAUUCAACGAUGGCGUCAAGCUCGUAGCCCGAAUCCGCGACGAUCGAGCCGACACUGACCGGGCCUUGCCCGAGGAGCCUACGCGCGAUCUGCUCGACUCGCUCCAGCUGGGACCGUUGCUGGUCAAGGGUCAGUAUGACCGCGAUCUCAAGAGAUUUGGUGAGCCGUUCGCCUGUGGAGAUAGCCAGGCACGAGAGCAGAUGAAAGACGUGCUCAUCAAUCUACAAAUGGCCUUGAUCAUAUCGCUGCGGGGCGUCUCUAUGGACGAUGGAGAUGUCGACUUUGAAUCCCUGCAACAGACUUCGGAUGACUGCCGCACAAAUGCCAGCGUCUGUCUUGGACAGCUUUCCCAAAGACUGUCUGAUACUGCUAAAGCCCAGGCCAUGAUUCCGGAGGCUGAAAUGUUAAGACUUCCCGCAGCACAAUCAUCGAAAACUGCGCAAUCGUUGGCCUACUCGAGCAGUCGCAGCACGAGAAGUACCCGAUCAUCUAGCCGCGACCCCAGGACCCCUCCUGAGAGCUACCACGACCAACUUGCCUCCAUGAGUGUUGGUUCAAAUACGACUACCAUUCGACCGCAGCCUCAAGAGCGCAAACGAACGAACAGCUCCGCAUCAAAAAGAGGCUAUCAACAAAGACGGCCCAUGACACCACAAUCUCACAACGGGUCGCACGGUGUGCCAUCUAUCACCAUUCCUCCGUCUGUCCACGAAGACAUCCGAGCGAACAGGCUUCGCAAUGUACCAUCUCACGACGUGUUAACGCCUCCGGACGAAGACACCCUGAACGGCUUCCGUGGUGCGUUUAGUGCUCGACAUGGCUCACAGGAGACUCUUGUGGUUGGCAGAGGUAGUGGCAGCAACGUUUCCGAUGCAGGCUACCACAGCGCAUCAUACGCCAGCCGUCGACAGGCUGCGCCAUCAGUGACGUCGUCCGGAUCCAACAGGUCAGCGUCCCGGACCGGGUACACAACUUCUCAUUUUGUUGCCGUUCCAAGACCCGAAAGAUCCGUCUCGAGAGCCAGGUUCGGAGGUAUUCCUUCGGAUCCAGUGUCUCUCAACCGCGGAAACCCCGGAAAAGACCUCGACCUGUCCACGUUAGACGAUCCUACCACGUCCGAGGAGGAAGAUGUAAUAAGCUUGCGCAGGCCAAGCUCUCACGCUUUGGGCUUUGAGGAACACGAGAUGAUAGCGCCACCUGCUCCAGAAUCUCCGGCGCAGUCAUUCGUGGUGGCGCUACCAGAGGCAGACAUUCCUAAAGCUCCAUCGUCCCCCGUAUCCCCGGUAUCCGAGGGUGACCACAGCGAUCAUGAGUCGAUCCUUCUUUCGCCACAGCUCCUGCCGUCUCGAAGAUAUCAGCCUGAGCGAUUUGAAGACCACCAGGAAGAGCCAGAUGAAGAUCAUGCCGAGUUGAACGACGCAACGCCUACUUUGGGUCCCGGCGAGUUUGGCUACGCGACCGUAUAUGAGACUUCUAGGAUCAAGCCAGUCGAGAGUAUGCCGCGCCAUAAUCCACCGCCUCGAGUCCGACAACCGCGUCAAGACUCUCUCUCGCGCCUUCGCGAGUCGCGGCAGUACACGGCACAAGCUGCACCUGCUGUCCGUCAGCCCCCUGUGCGCCCAGCUGAAGAUUUGCAAGAACUACAAGCCACCAUCAGAGCAGCAGAGAGUCGUGUGAGACAUUACCGCAACAGACCGGCGGAGCCACAGCAGCCAGCGCCUACUGCACCACGGGCUCGAUUCGAGCAUGUCGCAUACCUGCAACAGCAACCGGUCCGCCCUCCCCAGCAGAUGACUGAUCUACCCCUUCCACCACCUCUCUCAAUCGACCAUCGUCCCAGCUCUCGCAGCUCCGGGAAACAACACAAACCACCACAAGGCUACAGGGUGUUUCCUACUGCCUCCCCAGCGGCGCGUGGAGCUCCAUUACCUCCUCCGUCCAUGGCUCCACCUCCGCCACCUGGCGACCGCUGGGCUGAUUCUACUCGUCCCUCCACUUCUCCUGGACACCCUGGAGACCUUGAACCGAUCGCUUCAAUCUCGACGUCAAACCUCCGCCCGACCACUUCCGCACCUCCCCUCGACGCCUUACCACGGCUCCCGUCCCCACACGGCUCACUUCCCUCUGGGGAGCCAGGUCCCGAAGCCGAAGAUUCGUCCUCAUCGGAAGACGAGGUCGUCCCUGCUCCGCAGCCUGCCAGGAGGAUGGUCAAAGUCGUGCCUUUGGACAUGGCCAUGUAUGGCGGCAUGUACGUGGCGCCGGGUCCCCCAAAGCCGAAGAAAGUCGUUCCCGUCGCACCGCCUAUGCCCAUCACGCAACCCCUCGUCCUGCCCACCGAGAAGCAGCUGCAGGGCUUCUGCAAAGGCGCGUACAAGACGUUCCUGGGACUGCACAGCAAGGGUUUCACCGCAGGCAGCCGGCCCGUGGGUUAUGCAAGCAGCAUGCCCCUGUGGAUGUGCACGAAAUGCAACUUCCAGGGCCCAAUGGUCACCUAUAGCGUCGUAGGCGCGACCAAACGGCUAGGCAGGAGGAAGGAGGAAAAAAUCUUUGAUCCGAAGGUGCGCAGGAGCAGCGUCAAGGGCGUUGAUGGCCAGGUCGGCGGCGUGCGGUACAAGUGGGCGUUCUUGGCAAAGUGCCACGUCCCAUUGAAGAAGCAGGUCGACUGGAUAGGCGACCUCGAGGCCGCAUCCAGGGGCGAAGUGGGAAGAUGGGGAUGCCUCUUCUGCUGCGCCGAGGGGCAGAGUCGGGGCUGGGUGGCCGGUGGCUUCACCGGUGUGGGGACCAACGAUGGCAAUGCGAGUAUCAAGAGUGGGAGUACCGGCGGCAGUGGCAAGACGACGGACAGUGUGCCGGCCAGCACACCCGUGUUCGACAACCUGACGGCCUUCAUGGACCAUUUGGACUCGAUGCAUCGCGUCAGUGCGGGGCAUCCGGGGGCGGAGAUGCUGGGGAGGAUGAAGUGUGUGGUUGGGAGGGAGGCGGCCGAGGGGGAGGAGUGGGAGGUCAAUUUUGUGCCGUUGAGGGAUGGUGUUGAGGCUGGGAAGUGA